AUGAUGCGUGGUGCGGGUCAGCAGCCGAUCAUCGUGCUUAGUCAAGGCACAAAAAGAGAAUCUGGUCAUCAAGUACAAAUCGGUAAUAUUACAGCGUGUAAGACCAUUGCUGAUGUCAUCCGCACGAGUUUGGGUCCAAGGGCGAUGUUGAAAAUGCUGAUGGAUCCUAUGGGUGGAAUUGUCAUGACCAAUGAUGGCAAUGCAAUUUUAAGAGAAAUCACCGUCAAGCAUCCUGCGGCUAAAAGCAUGAUCGAAAUUGCCAGAACUCAGGAUGAGGAAACGGGUGAUGGAACAACAUCUGUAAUAGUCCUCGCUGGAGAGGUCAUGGCCCAAGCUCAACAGUUUUUGGAGCAAAAAAUCCACCCAACUAUUAUAAUUCAGGCUUAUCGUGCUGCCUUAGAAGACAUGAUUAAACUGGCUGAAGAGAAGUAUAGCAGGUCAAUCGACGUCAAUAAUGACAAAGAGAUCACUUCCGUUGUCAAAUCAUGUUUGGGAACUAAAAUGUUGAGCAAAUGGAUGGACCUUGCCGUGCAGAUAUCAUUGGAUGCAGUCAAGACUAUCCGAGUCGAUAAAGGGAAUUCAAGUGAAAUUGAUAUUAAAAGAUAUUGCCGUAUAGAGAAAAUUCCCGGAGGGACUAUUGAAGAUUGCAGAGUGAUCAAGGGAGUUGUUCUUAACAAGGUAUGCUCGAUGCUCUUCAUCUGCUCAUAUCUCUUCUGUUCUUUAUCAUCCGGGUAUUUCAUUCUUCAGGAUGUCACUCAUGCUAAAAUGCGUCGACGUAUUGAACAUCCUCGAAUCGUUUUGCUCGACUGCAAUUUGGAAUAUAAAAAAGGAGAAUCUCAGACCUCGUUGGAGAUCAUGAAAGAAGAAGAUAUCAGCAGAAUUUUGGAGCAGGAGGAAGAGUCGAUUCGCAAACAAUGCGAUGAAAUCAUCAGCGUGAAGCCAGACCUAGUCUUCACUGAAAAAGGAGUUUCUGAUUUGGCUCAGCAUUUCCUCCUUAAAGCUGGUAUUACGGCCAUCAGACGUCUGAAGAAAACUGAUAACAACAGAUUGGCGAGGGUGUGUGGUGCUCGUAUAGUCAAUGAUACAACAGACCUGCGUGAGUCGGAUGUGGGCACCCAGGCCGACCUUUUCGAGAUCUUGAAAAUUGGCGACGAGUACUACACUUAUGUGACAUCGGAGAAAACCACUGCCUGUACAAUUUGCCUCCGAGGACCAUCAAAGGACGUCAUCAACGAGGUAGAGCGCAAUCUCCAAGAUUCUUUGCACGUAGUCAGGAACAUUAUGUUGAAUCCUCGACUGGUUCCUGGGGGUGGUGCUUUGGAAAUGGCUCUUGCGCAGGCUAUCACCGAAAAGGGAAAAUCGAUGGAAGGAGUCCGACAAUGGCCUUACAAAGCGAUCGCUAGAGCACUCGAGCUGACUGCGCUUCGUGCAAAACAUGCGCAGAAUGCUGAAAAUUGGACAUGGGGAAUCAAUGGAACAACGGGCGAAUUGAUCAUGCUGCUUCGCAUUGAUGACAUUGUGUCCGGGACGAAGAAGACGCAACCAAAUGGUCCUCAAGAGGAAAUGCCUCAGUGA